GCUCUGAUCCAACUCUUCAUUCUACUUCCUUCUUCCAUCUUCCUCUUCUCGAUUUCCGUUUUUCGGUAGCAGUUGUGUCGUUGUGGAGAUUUCCACAUGUCAGUGAUAGGGUGAAGGUGAGGGUUGUGCAAAUCACUUGGAGUCGGCGGGUGCGGUUUCGAGUUCGUGUUUUGGGUUCAAGUGUGUGUCGUGUUGUCGUGCCAAGCUUCACGCUUUGGUUCAUUCCGUCAGUGUUUCGGUUUUGGUUUAUGCUGCGUUUGGAAUUGGAUGUUGCAAUUUUGGUUCAACUUCUGGUUUUGGAUUUAGCGUGUUUGUACUUCCUUAAGAUCGUCGCAGCUUUUAGACUUGCAAUCUUGGAUGUUGUUGUUGACGCGUGCGCACGUUUUUCGCGGAAUGGCUUUUCGUGGUGUGUGAUUUUGCAGCAACUUUGUGGUGCGUCGUUUGGUUGUUGCUGCUGCUAUUUUCCAUUUGCAGCUUUUUACAAUUUGUUUCGGCAGCAGCUGGUGUGUAGUUUUGGUCGCCGUCAUUGCCGUUUGCGUUUUGCUAUUUGUAAUGCUGCAGCUUCUGUUUGCAUCAGGCAUUUUUCUGUUCCUGCUAUAUUCUUACUGCAUUGCCUUGGCAUCAUGUACACCUAUUGUAUCGACUUUCUCCAAGUUCCCAUCCCCGCCUUGAAUUCCUUGCUUAGUUUCAUCUGUAACAGGUUUGAUGUUGCUAUCCUUUUCAGUUGGAUUUUCUUCCGUUGUGGUUGACAACACUCUAGCAGAUACACGUUCCCUUGAUUCUGCCAAUUGCAAGGCUGGACGAAAAUUACUCCUAUUAAUCCAAUCAUCAUCUCUUCAAUAAACUCUCGUUUGGUGGAGGGUGGAGAUUCAAAGGGACCAUGACGAUUUAGUGUACAGAACAAUAGGAGCAGUAACAGUAAUACAAAGUAACACCACCACCAUGUUCCUAACCCCUAUCAUUACUAUUUGUAUUUUUCUUCUGGGUGUGUUUGGAAAUUGACUCCAAACACCAAAGUGCAAAAAUUUCAGAAGUUAACAUUUGGUUUAUAUGUCAAAUUUGUAGUUUUUCUUCACGUAAUGAAUAUUUUAUGACUUGUGUGGA